AGCAGUGGGCUCUUGCGCUCCACCUGGCCUUGCUCCGCCUGCAGUGACCCGGUGGCUCUGCCCCCGCAGUGUUCGAGUUCAUGCCGUACAUGGGUAUCACUCUGGCUACCAUAUUCACCAUGCUGAGGCUUGCCAACGAUGCCAGGAUGCGCCAGGUGAUAUGUAGCGCCAUGGAGACCUUCUGUGAGACUGUGCAGUUCUACCUGAAGCACCUGGAGGACAGCACGUACCCCGUGAUGACCGAGGAGCAGUUUGCCCUGAAGCUGUUCCCCAUGUAUCGCUAUUUCGUGACCGUGUGGCUGAGGCACCACAACCCCGAGGUGAAGAUGGGGGUCAUCAAGUCCCUGAAGCCCAUGCUGAGCCUCCUGCUGCCCAGUGACGAGUUGCGGGAGCAGGUGUACGACUACAUCCCGCUGCUGCUGGCAGAGUACCAGGGCAGCCUGGAGGCCGUCUUCAUCACCCAGGUCUUGAGACAGAUUCUGGAAGUGUCGGUUGUCACCAACACCCCCAUCCCCCAAAUGCAGCUAAACCCCAUUUUCACGGAGCUGCAUGUCCAGGUGUGCACCAAGGCUCCAGCCCAGCAUCAGUACAGCAGCCAGAACCUGAUGGAGAUCGUGCACUGCUUCAUAGCUCUCGCUCGCUCCUACCCCAAGGAGCUGAUGAAGUUCUUCUUCAGCCAGAUGGAGGUGGGUAAGGAGGCCAUCCGCGUGGGGACACUGACCCUGAUCCGGGCCGUGGUGAGUGCCGAUGACCCCAAAAUGAAUAUUAGGACCAUCUACCUGGCCAUUCGGGUGGUCAAGAACACCCUCUCUGAUGCACGGUCCAAGGUGAGGAUGGCUAUUCUCCGCAUCAUUGGCCAGCUGGCUCUGUCAGGGUACCAGGACCGGAUCAAAGGCUGGGGCCUGAAGUACGUGUCUGUGCAGCUGACCCUAUCUACCUACAAGCUGACAAAUCACCGGGAUAGCUUUUAUCAGAGGGACUUGGAAGAGAAGAUGGUCCACAAAGUCACCUUGGACACUGUGAAGAUCAUAACCUCUUCUGUCAGUGGCAUGACCAAUGAGUUCUGGGUGCGGCUCCUGUGCUACAUCAUGGAGACCGACUACACGGAGGCCUUGACCCCCAUCUGCAUCAGCCUCACCAACCUGGCAGAGCGCCAGCUGCACAGCAAGGAUGCGGCAGCCAGCACGACUGGCAAGAGCAAGCAUGUGGACCUGCCCGCACCUCAGAAGCUGCUGGCCCGGCUCCUGGUGCUGAUGUCAUCGCCCUACAAGGGGGAGGGCCGUGGGGUCGCUAUGCUCCACCUCCUGAGGACCCUGAGCCACAGCAUUGUGCCCACCAUGGCCACCGUGUGGGAGCAGGAGAUACCCCUGCUGAUCCAGUAUCUGGAAGAACACACAGAGUUCACCUGGAACCAGAAGGCCUGGGAGGACAAGCUCAUUCAGUUCCUGAGGCUCUCCCUCAAGACGACUCGGGGGACCAGCUGGAGCCUGCGCCUGAGCAAGGAGCUGAGCAACCAGAUUGGGAGCUUCGACAGCCCCUCCUUGGAGAAGGGCUUUCUGUACCGGGCCCUGGGCUUCACCUUGGCCCUGGGGCUGGAGGCCGACAAGGUGGAGCUGCUGCUGCUGGAGCUGCUGUACAAGACCGACUACAGCAACGACUUUGACCGGGAGGGCGUGAUUCUGUGCUUUGGCCUGUGUGCCCACGGCCAGGUGAAGACAGUGCUCAACGUGCUCCAAGACUUCGAGGACAGGAUCCAGGAGUCGGAGCAGUCCUGGCAGAUCAGCGCCUGGCGGAAGGACCACCCCUGGAGGCGGGAGACGGUGAAGAGCGCCCUCAUGGUGAUGUACGGCUGCGUGUCCUCCUACUGCCACCCCCAGAUGCUCCUCACCCAUGUGGACACCCCCAUCACUGCCAAGAUCGUUCACCACUACUCCAGCAGCUGCCAGGACAUCAGCCUCAAGCUGGCCUUCAUGAAGAGUAUCAUGCAGGUGACGGGCGCCGUCAUAAACAUCAAGGACCAGCAGGACUUUUACUUUGCCCAGAAGCCAACUCUGACUCGCCUGGUGAUGGCGAUCCUCAAGGUGGAGCCCCCUGACCACCUGGCCUCUCCCGUGCGGACAAUGGCGAUGGACACCCUUUCACACCUGAGCAAACUGAAGCCUUUCUACUCCACAGAAGAAAGUAAUGAGCUGAUGGAUAUCAGUAUACAUUCUGUCAUUUCUCUCCAACCCCCUGGAGAGGACAACGAGUCCCUUAAGACUCUGUACGAGAACACGCUGAGUUCCCUGGAGCGGCUGAUGGAGGGCCUCAUGCAGAGGCAGAUGGAUCCCCGGGGGCUGCAGGAGAUGGUGCAUCUCCUGGAGAAGUGGAUCUUGUCGGAGAAAGAAUGGGAACGUGAGAAGGCUACCAACCUCCAUUUCCACCUCAUGCAGAUCUACAUCCAAAGCAUCGGCGUCUGCAUCCCCCUGAAGCUGGGGCAGUUUGGCACACUGGUUGGACUCAUUGCCCCAUGCACCUGUGAUACCCACCAAAGAACCCGCGUGGCCUCAACUAAUGUGCUGUCCAGCCUGCUAGAUCUUCAUGCAAGCCAGACCUGCUCCUUAUGGGAUGCUUCCAAGGAGAGGGAGCUGGAGAAAUGUAAGGAGGACAUCCAGGGCACAGACGCAGAGAAGAUCUUCUGUGCGUCCUCCAAAAUUGCCAAGGUGGUCUGCAUGGAGUUUAACUGCGACGAGGUGGUCUCGCUCAUCCAGAAACUCUGCGAGAACAUUGGGGCCAUGGACCUGCCGCACGACAAGGCUGCGGUCACCUGGAUAGCCACCUUCCUCCAGAUGCGGGCCAGGGAGCUGGAGGACAAGGUGGCGGAGAUCCUGGGCGCCAUCCUGGUCCACCUGCCCGUGGUAGACCAACUGGAGGUGCGGCGCCUUCUCGUUGAAGGCAUCCUCUUGCUGGCACACUACCACCAGGAGACUGUCCUCACGUCACUCCUGAGGCAGCCCCUGCCCAUGGAGAGCCACCUGACGGAGGUGUGGCUGGCCGUGGCAGAGAAUGUACCUUUUGCGCGGACCAUGCUCCACGGCUUGAUGGGCCGGCUGCAGGCGCGGUUCACCCCCAGGGUAAACGCCACCUCCAAGGCUGACAUCUGGCGCUUGGCCGCAGUGGACCCCCUGAUGACCCUGUGCACCAUCCACCUGCUCCUGGAGAAGCUGGACAGGGAUGACAAGCUGAGAGACCUGUUCCCGGACCUCAUCUAUACCCUCCUGCUGCAGCUCAGCAGCAGCCACAGGCCCGAGGCUGCCUCGCCCGUCCUGAAGACCUGGAGGCUGGUGCACACCGGGGCCCUGCCCCAGGAGAUGAACCUGCAGAGGGUCACCAUCAAGUCCAUGCAGCUUUUGUUCAGGAGAAUCAACCAUGAGCGCUUGCUGCACGCCCUGGGAGAGCAGUCCGUGUGGGCCCUGCUGGAGGACAGCCUGACCUUCCUGGAGGGAGUGGGCCUGCUGGCCAGGCUGUGCGUGCAGAACCUGGAGAGCUACAGGCUGAGGCUGUCGGAGCUGGUGCUCAGGGGCAUGGGCUCCGAAGUCAUGAGCUGCCGCGUCAGCAGCACGGCCGUCUGUGUGGAAUUCAUGAGCGACCCUGUCCUGUACCAGGAGAAGUUGCUGAGGCCGGCGGUGAUGCUGCUGGAGAUAGGCGCGGGGCAGAAGGAGGACGAGGCCCUGCAGGUGCUCUCCCUGCGCGCCCUGGGCAACAUGGCCCUUGGUGCCCCCAGGAAGGUGAAGCAGUAUCGGAAGCUCUUGCUGGAGCAGUGCCUGGGCUCCCUGAGGGGUCCCGUGAGCAGCAUUGUGACUGCUGAGGGUAUGGAGGCCCUGACCAAAAUCCUGGCUGAGCUCCGAGAAGGGGACAUGGGCUCGUCUUUUGAAGCCCUCUCUGAGCUGUGCAGAGUCUUCUUUGACAAUGAGAGCGAGCUGCUGCGGCUGAAGGCCUUCGUCCUGUUCGGGAAGCUGGCGAAGGUGGUGGGGAUUUCCAAGAAGCAUUUCUUCAAAGGCGAAGUGAAGAGCGCCUGGGUGCCCCUCCUGCUGCACUGCCAGGACCCCUGCGCCAGCACGGCCCGCGCCUGCAGGGCUACCAUGUUUCAGUGCAUGCACUUCUGGGGCUGGAAGUCCCUGGAGAGCGCCUCGGGGCAAAGCAGCACCAGGACCGACGAGGACAUGACCGUGUUCCAGACGAACAUGUGCUCCACCCUGUCUCAGAAAAAGCCUGCUGUUCUCUAUGGCUUCUUUCUGGAAACAAUGUCCUAUGUUAAAAAUAACUUGUUAAGGAUCAGAAUUGCCGCCUGCAACUUGGCAGGGAUUAUUGUGAAGCAGUUGUCUGCACAUUACCUGAAAAAGCUGGAUUUCCCGGCCCUGCGGAAUUCGCUCCAGGAGCUCCAGCUGGACUCGGAUCCUGGCGUCAGGAAGGCAGCGCUGCAGACCCUCAAGGUCUUGGACAGUUGUAGCCAGCACUGGCCCUUGGUGUCCCCUGAGGGAACGUGCUAGGGUUCCAGUGAGCUGGAAACGGCCUCCUUAGAGCAUGGAAUCCUUGCACAGCAAUCAGACAGUUUUAAAUUUAGUUUUUAAGAUAAACCCGUGGUAUCAUUUUCUUCUAUGGAAAUAAACCCCCAUUGCCAUUUGGGAUGCAAACUUCUGACUGUAAAACAGGGCAAAGGAAACUUCAGCCCUAAGAGCAGCGUCUUUCCCACUUCCCUGGUGCGUGUCAGACGGCCCCGCCACCCAAAGGGUGGCAGCCUGCCUGUGUCUUCGCCACCAGGGACGGCCCAGCAGCAAGGGAGGCCGGCUCGUGCAGCCUCUGCUCCCGGGGGGCCCAGGCCUGCAUCGGGGGCGGGGAGGUCUGUCCAGCUCUCGGUAGCACAGCUGAGAGGCGGGCUGGGCCAGGGCGGAGCCCCAGCAGCCCUGGGAGGGUAUGACCUUUGUAUCAGGACCCUCACUCGUCCCGUGGCGUGGGCUGUGGAACGGCAGCCCAGCAAGGCUGGAACAGAAUUUGGCUGAGAAACGUGGAGGGGGAGGAGUGGGCAGGGCAAGGAGACUCUGCCUUGGGCUGUGGACAGAACGGUGUAGAGCAGCAAACAGGACUUCCAGAACGUCCUGCUGCCGUGCUGUGGGCAGCACCACAGGACCGGCCCGUGAGCCCGAAGCAGCAGCCCCUCCCUACAGGCUCUCUUGGACAGUGGGACCCAGCUCUUCUGCAGCACCCGUGGCACACAGAGCAGGGCUGCUUUCCACCAAGUGACCAGGCACUGCUGCUCAGGGGGGGCAGAAGUGGACCCCCCAGACCACGGUCAAGCGUAAUUUCCAUACCACAAAAUGCAGGAACAUUAAAGACAAACUGGAGGUGGGAGACGUUUCUCCAACUUAUACCACAUGGGGCUAAUUCACAUGGUUGGAUCUAGAAUAUACCUAGAUCCAACCGAACUGAGGCCGACAGUAGCGUCCUGAGAGGGAUGGUGGAGAGCCAGGGCCCGGGAAGGCACGCUCAACCUCAAGCCACCAAGACAAGGCAAACCGUGCUGCCGAAACUCAGAGCCCCCAGAGUGGCAGUGACCUCAGAGGCUCUCAGCAUCAUGGGCAGUAAUGACUAGGGACAGAGCCCCUCCUACUGCUGGAGAGCAAACUGGAAAGCCCCUGGGGAAGGCAAUUUCAGAAGACAAGGCACAUCCACUCCAAGAGUGUGCCUCAAGCAGGUUUGCAGCUGUGCACGGGGACCACAGGCCAGGUGCUCCCGCUGUAGACAUCCCGCUUGGUGGAGUAAG